AUGUCUUCUCCAUCUGUAUCCGUGUCAGUUCAUGUUGUCGAGUCCAGUGAGAGUCUCCAGAGCGCCGCGACUGUCACCACUUCUUGCACACCACCGUCGCAGUCUGUGAAUCUCAUUCAGGAAGUGAAUACCGAUGCUGUAAGUGCUAAAACCAUGUGGAAAAAUAAGUGGUCACCUUUCACAGCUUGGAAGCAAUCCAGAAUGGUCAGGAAACAGUCAGGAUCAGAUCUGAAUCGGUUUCACGUGCGUUACCGGCCACUGCAGUUGCUGGAUGAAGACGAUGAAGAGAGCGACGAGAAGUGGCUGGAAAAACCUCAAGGUGUCUUGGAAUGUGAUGCGGUAUCUUCCAGCCCUUCAAUGACCGUGGAAGCUGCUUUCCUACCAUUGGCUCGCACUCUGCUCGAGCGCGAGCGCAUGACGUCAUUUUUGCAGAGUUCCUGGGUCUUUCUACUAAUUUUGGGUACACUAGCGUCUGUAACAGCUUGGUGUGUAGAUGCAGGAGUGUUGAUUGUUUCAAGACUACAUUUAAGCUUUAUGGCAUUAGGAGAAGGCUGGCUAUCGGGAUAUUUGCUCUACGUCCUCUUUCGAGCCUCUCUUUUGCAACUCGGUGUAGGCUGCAUGGUCGUGAUUUGUCCUGAAGCCGUUGGGUCAGGCAUUCCAGAGAUGCGAAGUAUAUUGGGAGGAUUCCCGUUCCCAAACUACCUCACAGGUCGUGCGCUGAUCGCCAAGUGCUUCGGUUUGGUAUUUGCGCUAGGCAGUGGCCUCACAAUUGGCAAAGAGGGACCGUUUGUGCAUUUGAGCUCCAUUAUCGCUAGGCAGUUGCUGCGCUUGCCGUUGUUUGAGCAGAUCCGACAUUCGAACGAUCUAACGCACCAUAUACUGGCUGCGGCCUGUGCUGUCGGGGUUACUGCAACGUUUGGUGCUCCAGUCGGUGGCGUUCUUUUCAGUAUUGAGGUCACGACAUCGUACUACGUGACAUCCAACUACUGGCGCGCCUUCUUCUCAUCUGUUGUGAGUGUUGUAGUCUUCCGCGGUCUCAACAUAGUUUGUGGAGUGCUUGCUGGACUUUUAGUUCGGUCAUACCGCAUCGUUCUUGAUCUGAAAGAUAGAUGUGAGUUCCGUUUAUUGCUGCCCUUGUGCGGCAGUUUUCCCAGGCUCUCUCCGUUCAUUUAUGCUGCACUGGUGGCAAUUCUGUUUUCUCUCGUCGAGUACCCAGUCGGAAGCUUCAUGCAUCUCACACAGCGUCAGACGAUUGAUGACAUGUUUUCUACAAAAACGCUGACAGCUCAUGAGGUGUCAAACAAAACUCACUUGUCAGUCACAUUUGGCAGCUCCUGGACAUCUCCGUCGCUCAUUUUGAACUUGUUCGCCUACGUGGUUGUGCGCUUUUGGUCUAUGGUUAUCAGCAUAACAGUGUUUGUGCCUAGUGGCAUUGUCACGCCCGUGUUUGCAAUUGGCGCAGUACUUGGUCGACUCUUUGGCGAAAUAGUUGUGAUUUUAAGUGAAGGAGAGUUGUCGAUCGGAGGGUACGCAGUUGUUGGUGCUGCCAGCUUCACGGCUGGUGUCACUGGAACCAUCAGUAUUGCAGUCAUUGUAUUUGAGCUUACAGGCCAGCUGAGCUACAUGAUCCCAGUUCUUCUUUGCGUGAUCGUGGGGCGCGCUGUGACGCGGUCGUUCUCACUCGACAUGUAUGAGACAAUGGCUCGUCAAAAGAACUUGCCGCAGUGGCCAGACCUGACAAAGCAGAUCUCCUACUCGCUUUCAGCCGGUGACCUCAUGCGUGAUGUACCGUCGCACUAUCUCGUUCGGCACCAGACAUUGGCUUCAAUCAAGCAUCUUCUGGACGUAACGAGCCAUGGAAAGAAAAGCAAGACCAUUGAUGUGUUUCCAGUUGUAGAUGAUGUGAAGACAAUGAUCUUGCUAGGCGUUGCGACUCGGGAUGAACUAGAGUCUUUGGUGGUGUUAUGGGAGCUCUGUCUGCAAAGUGGAAAAGCUUCAAGCAACAUUCACAUUCCAAUUGCUGGUAUAACAAUCGAUCAAGCCAUUGUCUUGUCAAACGUAGCGACAGAGACUUGUGAACUUGUGGACUUGGUGCAGCUCCAAGUAUUGAGUCUAGAAGACGACUAUUUUCAUGUACCUCGUGAUACUUUUGCCAGUCAUGUGAUCCUGCUCAUCUCAGUUCACAAAUGUACACAGCUAUUUGUCACAGAGCGUGGUAAACUACAGGGUGUUAUCCACGCAGCAGAUCUACUCGCACGCUCACGUCGAUACAUGUUAUAG